AUGGCUUGUCGGCUUCCUCAUGGCUUUCUUUCCGAUGCUUGGCUUGAGAUACUUCGAAGAUCUUACAACAUAUCACAACUUUUACGGAAAAGUGUAGUCUGCCUUCCCUUACAGCUCUCUCGUCACAAAACGGAAGGCUGGGAGUACUCUGUUUCUGUAUUUGUUGGCCUCAAUUUCUUCCUCGUCAUAUUCAUCACAGUUGCCUACCUCGCCAUAUUCAUAAGCAGAGUGCGAGUUAAAAACCAAUCAGCCAACACAAGGAGGGAGACCGGUCUGGCCAAGAAAGUGUUCUUCAUCAUCUUCACUGACUGUCUCUGCUGGAUGCCAAUCAUCGUGUUUGGUAUGAGGUCGCCUUUGGAGAAGAAUUUCAAGCCACCGAGAGACUUAGCUGCUUGGAUUGCCGUGUUUGCUCUGCCCAUCAAUUCAGCGAUAAACCCGAUUCUGUACACGUUAGCAACACCAAAGGUAAAGAAUAACAUUUCUUCAUUACCUCUUAAAUCUAAAUUAUUUGAGGCAAGACCCGGCGGUCUGGCGCUUAACAUGGUGGGUUCUUUAACGCACUGACAGGGGUCUUCUUAAGCUAGACACUCUGACAGUGACUGUUUCCAUUCAGCUGUUUAAAUGAGUAGUUUUAACCUGCCUGAGAAAGUUAGCUUAUACUUCGUCCAAGUACUGGCCUGAAUCAUCCCGGUUACUUUACACUACCAAGAGUGUGAUGAUUAUAAAGACCUCGAGCAAGCAAUCGAUUGAGAUCAUUGACGCUUGUCACUCUGUAACAAUUGAUAAGGGAAAAUGGUCAGUUGAUGGACGUCGUUAUUGACAAUUUUCUCUCCUCUCCAGGCGCAAGAGUAUCUGGGAAGCAAAAUAGCAAUGCUGAGAAGCUUCAUACGGAGUACUUUUCACUGCAGUGAAUAUUAA